UUUUAUUUCAAUCAUCCAGUCCAACAUAAUCCAUUCUUCAAUAACAUAGAAAACAUCUAUAUGGAUCAGAGCCUCUUCAUCCAAGGCAAUAUGUCCAUGGGAGCAUUAUCUCCACUAUUAUCCCUUGUAAUGAUGCUUAUUUCUUUAACAAUCAUGGCAAGAAUGCCAAAUGCCACGGCUGCAGUUAACCCUGUUCAAGCCACAGGAAAAGAACCAAUCCUUGAGUUGUUCAUGCAUGACAUUCUUGGUGGAAGCAACCCAACAGCUAGACCAGUUACUGGGUUACUUGGGAACAUUUACAAUGGCCAAGUUCCUUUUGCAACCCCAAUAGGAUUCAAAACCCCACAAGUUGGGACUCCCAUUCCCAACGCCAACGGUGCUCUUCCCACUGUUAAUGGUGUUUUUGGUACCCCCCUCGGCACCGGCCUGGCUGGCACCACCUUUGCGGCAAAUGGAAAUAGUAACGGACAGUUACAGUUAGGACCUGAUGGGUUGGGACUUGGUUUCGGCACAAUAACUGUGAUCGAUGAUGUUUUGACGGUGCAACCAGAGUUGGGAUCGCAGAUAGUUGGGAAGGCUCAGGGGGUUUAUGUUGCAAGUUCAGCAGAUGGGAGCCGGCAAAUGAUGGCAUUCACAGCACUGUUUGAAGGAGGGGAGUACGGUGACAGCUUAAACUUGUACGGACUGUUCAAGAUUGGGAGCGCCAUGUCGAAGUUAUCGGUGAUCAGUGGGACUGGGAAGUUCAAGAAUGCCAAGGGCUUUGCGGAGGUUAGGAGUCUCAUACCACCAGGGCAGAUUGCCACUGAUGGUGCUGAGACAUUGCUGAGGAUCACUGUCCAUUUGAACUACUAACAAAACUCAUGUGGAAUAAAGGGCAAAGUUGGCAUUUUGUUAUUUAUUGAUGAUGAUAGUAAGAUUCAGUCAUGUGUUUUUGUCAAAUUCGAAUGCAGAUUGUAUUA